GAACUAUGAAUCUGAACUGGCACCUCUUAGGAAAAAAAUCGCUGGUGAAGCAAGCUGCUAGCAAUGGCUCACUCAGAGGGUCUGCUAGUGCUGGAAAACUUUAUAGAUGGCAAAUUUGUUCCUUGUUCCUCCUACAUAGAUUCCUAUAACCCAUCCACAGGAGAUGUCUAUUGCAGGGUGCCAAACAGUGGCAUAGAAGAGGUGGAAGCUGCAGUCAGAGCAGCCAAAGACGCAUUCCCAAUUUGGUCCUCAAAAAGCCCAGCGGAAAGAUCUCAGAUCUUGAACAAAUUGGCAGACCUGAUUGAACAUGACCUGGAAGCAUUUGCCCAAGCAGAGUCAAAGGAUCAGGGCAAAACGAUUACGUUUGCUAGAACUGUGGACAUCCCUCGGGUAGUAUACAACUUCCGAUUCUUUGCCUCUUCCAUCCUUCAUCACACGACAGAGUGCACCGAGAUGGCAAGCAUCGGCUGUGUGCAUUACACCUCACGGACACCUGUGGGAGUUGCUGGUUUAAUCAGUCCUUGGAAUUUGCCACUUUAUUUGUUGACCUGGAAAAUAGCUCCUGCCAUUGCAUGUGGAAAUACCGUAGUUGCCAAGCCAAGUGAGAUGACAUCUGUCACAACAUGGAUGAUGUGCAAACUCUUGGAGAAAGCAGGGAUGCCACACGGGGUGGUGAAUGUGGUGUUUGGGACAGGCACCAAGACAGGAGAAGCCCUCGUCUGCCAUCCUGACGUGCCCCUCAUCUCCUUCACGGGAAGCACACUCACAGCCCAGCGGAUCACGGAGAAGAGCGCUCCGCACUGCAAAAAGCUUUCUCUGGAGCUGGGAGGCAAAAACCCUGCAAUCAUCUUCGAUGAUGCCGACUUGAGCCAAUGCAUCCCAACAACUCUGCGGUCCAGCUUUGCCAACCAGGGUGAGAUCUGCCUUUGCACCUCCAGGAUCUUUGUUCAGAGGGGGAUAUACAAUGAGUUUGUGAAGAGGUUUGUAGCGGAGACUAAGAAGUGGAAGGUUGGGAACCCCUCAGAUCCUUCUGUCGACAUGGGAGCACUAAUAAGUAAAGAACAUCUAGAAAAGGUGAGAAGCUAUGUGAAGAAAGCAAAGGCUGAAGGAGCCAGAAUCCUGUGUGGAGAGGGAGUGGAUUCCUUGGCUCUCCCAGCUGGCAACCAGAAAGGCUAUUUCAUGUUGCCCACCAUUAUUACCGAAAUCAAAGAUGAAUCUUGCUGCAUGCAAGAAGAGAUUUUUGGUCCUGUGACAUGUGUGGUAGCAUUUGAUACAGAAGAUGAAGUGAUCGAAAGAGCCAAUGGUGUGAAAUAUGGCCUUGGAGCCACUGUGUGGUCCAGCAACGUGGGACGCGUUCAUCGAGUGUCACGAAGGCUGCAGUCUGGCAUGGUGUGGACCAACUGCUGGCUUGUUAGAGAUCUGAACCUGCCAUUUGGUGGAGUGAAAGCCUCAGGUAUAGGAAGGGAGGGAGCAAAGGAUUCUUAUGAGUUCUUUACUGAAGUCAAAACCAUCACAAUAAAGCACUGAAAUAAAUAAAUUGAAAAAUGUCAGGGUAAAAUAAAUUACUAAUUUGUGUUACCUGUAUGGGAACUGCUGAGUCACAGCCUGAAACUCUGAUUAAUCACCUGAGGCAAGCAAUGAGUCAGCCAGAGGAGCACAGGUGAAGGCAAUUCACCUGUGCUGCCGGAAGGGGUGGAGCCAGGCUGCACCCCUCCUGGACCUAUUUAAGAGCUGGCUAUCAGAGGGGAAGGAUCUCUUCUGGGGAUCCCCUCUUUUGGUGUCUUCUGGUGAGCUCAGCCGAAGGGUAAGCUCUUCCACUUAUUCUCUUUCUGUUAUCGUUGUCUGCUUUGCCUUACUCUCUUGAUUAUAUUGCGAUUAUAACAUCUUGAUAUCUAUUGAUUAUACACAAAUAUAUUGUGAUUAUAACAUCUUGGUUAUACAGUUACCUUAAAUUAAAUGGCUUUCUGGGAUACAGACUGAUUUGAGUCCAUCUUUUCCUUGGACGUCUGUCUGUCAAGAAACGUCAAUGACAGCUGCAAACACACACUCCAGAUGCUAAUAUUGAAUGUAGUCUUUCAUUACAUGAGAUGAUUGGUGUGAUCUCCACAAUUAACCUAUUCUAAAUCAGAUUGCUUGUGUAUCUUACUGUCAUGCAUGAUUUUUUUAGAGUAUUCUGGUCUCAAAAAUCUGCUUUAUGGAGAAAGACUGGAGAAAAAAUGAUGUACAACUGUACAUGUAGUUGCUGAGUCACUGUGAGGGACAAGAUAGAAGUACACUGAGAAGUUGAUAUAGUAAUGAGAAUCAGCCUAUUUCCAUUAUAAGUAUUCCAUUAAGUUCUAUGUACCAAUUCGUUUUAUGCUUCAUCGAUGUCAGCCAAGGACUGAUGCUAUAGCACACUACAUGCCUGAGGCAAUACCUUUUAUCCCUUAAGUGAACUAGGGGGUCAUGAGAUUCUCAUGAUAUAUAGAGGCAAUAAGCAUUUUAAUUAUUGCAUGGUUUACUUUAUGUCGCUGAAACAUCCUGACACUUGUUCCCUAACUGUUCUGAAAUUACAGCCUUUUGUCACUUCUAGGACUCAGUGAUUAUGUUUUUCACAUUCUUGAACACUUGUCCAGAACAGAGAUUAUUCUUCAUUAGGAGGGGCUGGAAGUGACUUUUAAGAGAACUAGCAGUUGGAAUGAUAGGCUUAGUAUUCUGAAGAAGCACUAAGGUUCCAUUUUACAGCUCUGUUUAGGCAUUUUCAUGACCAUGUGAUGGCAGUAGAACACCUGCUUUGUUUUUUAAACCCUCAGUCACACAUUUUGCUAGGCUGUGGAUGAACCACUGUAUUAGUGCAUGUGUUACUCUGCUUUUGUUUUAUUUACAAAUCCUUUUUGAAAGAGCAAAAGAAACUUUGAAAUGCUUCAUUAGUUUGGGGGGCAGGAAUUUUCAGCAAGAGCAGAUCGGUUUUAAACAAUUUGUAAGUCUAGGUGGAUUCUUUCCCCCACCUAAAUGUGGUCUGGGGUCAGUUUUAAUGAGCUGAUUUUUUCACUCAGGAGUUAAUUUUGGCUUGGAGUUAGAUAAAAUAGGAGAUUUCCAUGUAUAUAUUUAAUAUACAGGAGAUAAAAACUUGUGUAUUAUUUGUGUGUUUCUGGCUCAAGAUGUCUUACAGUGAGGUGAAAUAUACGCUUACAGUGAAUGUGGGAGUGGUGGCUUUGUGUUCAGCAUAACUGUGUGGGUUCCCUGCGGUGAACUCUUGGAGUGCCCCAUUUGAUCAUCCCUAUGGCCAACAACGCAGAGUG